AUGUCACCAUGCCUUGGUUCCGAUAUUGAUCCCACGCUUCCUCAUCAUCGAGCACAAAGUAUGGAUGAAAUAUUCCUUCCUGCUCAGAACCAGUACCCCGUUUGGUACUUCUUUUACGGGACACUUGCCGACCCUGAGAUUCUUGCGCGGCAAACCUCUCGCUCGGAAUUACCGGUUCUUCGACGGGCUACUGUCAAAGGUGGUAUUAUUAAGAUGUGGGGUGGAAAAUAUAAGGCUCUUAUCGAUGGUCCCUCCUCAGCGAUUGUUGAUGGGUGGACAUAUGAAGUUAACUCGGGAGAGGAGGAAGAACAGCUCCGGUACUAUGAGACUGACCAGUAUGAGGUCGUGAGGUGCGAGAUACAUAUAUUGGAGAGUGGGGUUCUCGUCAAAGGUCUUACCUUCAGAUUCAUUGACGAUUGA